AUGAAAUGAAAAACCCAAACCAGUAUUUUUCUAGUUUCUGAGUUUGGCUUGGAAUUUUUUUAUCCCCUUCUUUCGUUUCAGUUUCAGGAAUAGAUUGAAGAAACCAUGGCCAAUCAACGGGAUUACAUUAGCAGACCUAUUUGCAAUGGAAUUUCUGUUCCUGAAAAUAAAAUCAAUUCCUUAGUGGCUGAAGGUCAUGGACAACAAAUUCUAAAAGUACUACAAAAGUUCAGAGAACAAAAUAUAUUUUUUGAUUUUAAAAUUCUUGUGAAAGAUGAAAUCAUUCCUUGUCAUCGUUGUGUACUGGCAGCGUGCAGUGAUUUUUUCAGAGCCAUGUUUGAAGUUAAUAUGAAAGAACGAGAUGAUGGCAAUGUUACUAUUAGUAAUCUAUCACCCAAGGCAGUGAAAGCUUUUCUUGAUUACGCUUACACAGGAAAAACAGAGAUAACAAAUGAUAACGUGGAAAUGCUCUUCCAAUUGUCAUCAUUUCUUCAAGUUUCACUCCUUUCCAAAGCUUGCAGUGACUUUCUAAUAAAAAGUAUUGAUCUUGUGAAUUGCUUACAGUUGCUUUCUCUAUCAGAAAGUUACGGUUCUGUCCGCUUAUUUGAUCAUGCGCUAGAUUUCGUACAGCACCAUUUUUCCUUGCUGCUCAGAUCAAGUGAUUUUUUGGAGAUGAAUUUUGAGAUUUUACAAAAGUGUCUUGAGGCUGAUGAACUAAAUGUCCCUGAGGAAGAAUCCGUGUUGAAAGCUGUCCUUCAAUGGACUAAACAUAACUUAGAAACACGACAAAAGUAUCUACCUAAUUUGAUUAAAAAAGUGAGACUACACCAGUUACCUGAAAAGACUUUACAGGAUUUUCUACAUUCCGAAGAACACUUACUUAAGAGUGCUAAUUGCUCAGUAAUAAUCAAUGAUGCAGUUAAAAGUGUGCAAAAUUUUAGUGGACUAUUUCCAGAUGCACGUCCUUCAACAACAGAAAAAUAUAUAUUUGUUCAUAAAACUGAUGAAGAUGGAGAAAACAGACAUACAUUCUGCUACAACAUCAAAACAGAUAGAUGGAGAGAACUACCACACACACACAUGAUUGAUCUUCCAGGGUCAAGCUUAUCUAGCUAUGGAGAGAAAAUAUUUAUAACUGGAGGAUGCAAAGGGAAUUGUUACAGGACUGUCAGGCUUCAUAUUGCUGAACCAUUUCAUGAUGCCACUGACCAAACGUGGUGCUACUGUCCAGUCAGCAAUGAAUUCUCCAUAGUGUCAGCUAUGAAAAAACCAAGGACAAUGCACACAUCCGUUGUAACCUUGAAUCAGCUGUUUGUAAUAGGUGGAAAGACCAGAGGAGCUCAAGAAGCCCGAAGUCUCUUGGAUGUAGAAUCCUAUAAUCCUCUUUCCAAAGACUGGAAAUCUGUAAGCCAAUUACCAAGAGGUAUCUACUAUCCAGAAGCAAGCGCAUGUCAGAAUAUAAUUUACGUCCUUGGCUCAGAAGUAGAGAUUACUGAUGCCUUUAAUCCAUCUCUUGACUGUUUCUUUAAGUAUAAUGCUACGACUGAUCAGUGGUCUGAGCUUGUAGCAGAAUUUGGGCAAUUUUUCCAUGCAACUCUAAUCAAAGCUGUUCCAGUGAACUGUACACUGUACAUAUGUGAUCUCUCCACCUACAAGGUCUACAGCUUUUGCCCAGAAACCUGCGUUUGGAAAGGGGAAGGAUCUUUUGAAUGCGCUGGCUUUAACGCAGGGGCAGUUGGGACAGAAGACAAGAUUUAUAUAUUAGGUGGCGAUUACGCUCCAGAAGAAAUCACAGAUGAAGUUCAAGUCUACCAUAGUAGUAGGUCUGAGUGGGAAGAAGUUUCACCAAUGCCAAGAGCCUUAACUGAGUUUUACUGUCAGGUCAUUCAAUUCAAUAAAUAUAGGGACCCCUGGUCAUCUGUACUGACAAUUUGCUCAGGAGAAUUUUGAAACUCCUGACUGAAAAGAACCUAUUUAAAUGCACAAGUUUUAGAACAGAUUUUUAAGUAUUAAUUUACAGAUGGAAAAAUAUAUACCAUUUUGUUUAAACCUUUAGUUUAAAUUGUAUGCUAUAGAAUUGCUUUUGGAAGUGUCCAUUAAAUUGUCAUUCACACUAGUCAUUAUAUAGAAAGUAUUACUUAAUUUUAUAUGCAAGUCUUCUCUGUAAUUAUCUGAAUAAUUUGCAAAAUGAUACUAC